CGCCGUCAGCCUAUAAAAAGCGAGCUCCGAGCCCACUUUUCCUUAUUCUGUGUCUGAAAGUGGCCGUCAUUAUGGCUGAUGAGAAGAAAUCGCAGCCAACUUCCAAGAAGGGCGCGAAGAAAAUCAUCAAGAAGGCGCCAGGUAAAGGCAGCAAGAAAAGGAAACGAUCCAGGAAAGAAAGUUACUCCAUCUACAUCUACAAAGUGAUGAAGCAAGUUCACCCCGACACCGGCAUCUCCUCCAAGGCCAUGAGCAUCAUGAACUCGUUCGUCAACGAUAUUUUCGAGCGUAUCGCGGGAGAGGCUUCCCGCCUGGCCCAUUACAACAAGCGCAGCACCAUUAGCUCCCGGGAGAUCCAGACCGCCGUGCGGUUGCUGCUGCCCGGGGAGCUGGCCAAGCACGCCGUGUCGGAGGGUACAAAGGCGGUGACCAAGUACACCAGCUCCAAGUGAGACACCAAAUUGUACUGAGAAAAUCACAUCCAAAACCCAAAGGCUCUUCUAAGGGCCACCCACAAUUUCAUUGAAAGAAGCUGAGCCAUUGUCUCUUUAUUACUGAUUUGCUUUAGUUUGAAAUUGAUUCUGGGGAAUCGUCUAAUUAAGUAUUUGGCUGUUGAAGUUUGUGCGAUAAGUGGUCGCUUUUCCUCUGCACUUUAUUUUCGGUUGCGUUCACAUACAGUCUCUUCCCUACCUGCAGAGAGAGAGCAAAUUAAACCAGCCAUUGAUGAGCUAAUUCUGUUAGUUAUCCUUUAAUUGUUUCAGAGAUAGUAGGAACUGCAGAUGCUGGAGAAUCUGGGAUAACAAG